UGCUGUGGCUAGGGAGUGGUACAGUAGAUCCUAGCCGAGGGAAGGUCCAUGGUUUCUCAGGAUCGAGUGGGCGAGCACUCUUGUCUCCUGAGUGAGUUUUACAACCACAAAACUCACCGUGUGUAGUUCUCACUAUCACUCCGGAAAUGAAAGCUGGUUCACUCUGGAUUCACAGAAGUGUUUGUUGCACAUAAGAAAGUGGCUCUGAAGAGGCACACUUCCCCUGAGGUUACCGGCACGAUGCGCAUGUUAACUGGUAACACCGCUCGCGUCACUGGGGCUUUCUUCUACCAGGUGAAUUCCAGCUUCAAAGUAACUUCAGCUGCAGCUCCGAGGCUGAUGGUUGUGCACGUCGUCUAAUCAUCCAAAGCCGUCUCAGGUUGCUCUCUCUGUGUGCAGUGCACUUUGAUCUGAAGUGACACCGUGACGAUCAGGUGCUUGUCAUAUGGUUAAAAUCUCAGCUGACAGGCAGGUAGAUGUUUGAUGGACUGAAUACUCGGUGUCCACAUCCUGGAUUGACCGUGGCUUGUUGAUUUAAACCCAUUUUAUUUUCUGCGAUUCUUUGCUCUUCAGCGUUGAUGGAAUUACUGAUUAAGGGUGUCCUGCUGAAGAACAACGCGCUCUUUGGGUGGCGACGGACAAAGUAGCCGGCAAGCUGAGUUCGACUCUUUCAUGGGUGAAGAACUCAGUGUCGCACACGGUCAGUCAGAUGGCUAGUCAGGUGGCCUCUCCAUCCUCCCUGCACACGGCGGUGGGUUCGUCCACCGUCUCACUGUCCCCGCCAGGACUCUCUCCCUCUACUCCGUCCUCUACCCAGCUUAGCCCGGAUGAAGUGGAACUCCUCGCCAAGCUCGAGGAGCAAAACAGGUUGUUGGAGACUGAUAGCAAAUCCCUGCGUUCGGUGAACGGCUCUCGGAGGAACAGUGGCUCCUCGCUGGUGUCCAGCUCCUCAGCCUCUUCCAACCUCUCGCACCUGGAGGAGGAUUCGUGGAUCUUAUGGGGACGCAUCGUCAACGAGUGGGACGAUGUGCGCAAGAAAAAGGAGAAACAACUAAAGGAGUUGGUCAGGAAGGGCAUCCCGCAUCACUUCCGGGCGAUAGUCUGGCAGCUUCUCUGUAGCGCCCAGAAUCUGCCCAUAAAGGACCAGUACUCGGAACUGCUGAAGAUGACGUCGCCCUGCGAGAAGCUGAUCCGCAGAGACAUCGCCCGUACAUACCCCGAGCACGAGUUCUUCAAGGAGAAAGACAGCCUGGGCCAGGAGGUGCUCUUUAACGUCAUGAAGGCCUACUCACUGGUGGACAGGGAAGUAGGAUACUGUCAGGGCAGCGCGUUCAUUGUCGGCUUGCUGCUCAUGCAGAUGCCAGAAGAGGAGGCGUUCUGCGUGUUUGUAAAGCUCAUGCAGGAUUACCGUCUGAGGGAACUGUUCAAACCCAGCAUGGCAGAAUUGGGUCUCUGCAUGUACCAGUUUGAAUAUAUGAUUCAGGAGCAGCUGCCUGAGCUGCACAUUCAUUUCCAGGCCCAGAGUUUCCACACCUCCAUGUACGCCUCAUCCUGGUUUCUCACCAUUUUUCUCACCUCCUUUCCUCUCCCUGUUGCUACAAGAAUCUUCGAUAUAUUUAUGUGUGAGGGGUUGGAGGUAGUUUUUCGAGUCGGCCUGGCCAUCCUUCAGAUGAAUCAAGCAGAGCUUAUUCAGUUGGACAUGGAGGGGAUGUUACAGUACUUUCAGAAAGUCAUCCCUCAUCAGUUGGACAGCGGACCAGACAAAGUAAUCCAGGUCGCCUAUCAGGUCAAGUACAAUGCCAAGAAGAUGAAAAAGUUAGAGAAGGAGUACACUACUAUAAAAACCAAGGAAAUGGAGGAGCAGGUGGAGAUAAAGAGACUUCGAACAGAGAACAGGCUGCUGAAGCAGAGGAUAGACACUCUGGAGAAAGAAAGUGCUUCCUUGGCAGAUAGAUUGAUCCAGGGUCAGGUGACGCGAGCCCAGGAGGCAGAGGAGAAUUAUCUGAUCAAGCGGGAGCUGGCCACUGUGAAACAGCAGAACGAGGAGACCAGCGCGCAGCUCGAGCAGGCCCAAAGCAGCAUCAGGCAGCUCAAACAACAGCAGCAGCCUGCGAAGCCGAGUCCCCGCUACACAGAGGAGUCCAUCCUGCAGUUGGAGACGGAGCUGGUCCAGGCUCGGCUCAAAGAGGCCGAGUCUCAGUGCGCCCUCAAAGAGAUGCAGGACAAGAUUCUCGACAUUGAGAAGAGGAACGCGUCACUGCCUGAUGAGAGUAACGUGGUGCGUCUUCAGGAGGAGCUGAUCGCUGUAAAGAUAAGGGAGGCUGAGGCCCUGACAGGCCUCAAAGAGCUGAGACAGCAAGUACGAGAUCUGGAGGAGCAUUGGCAGAGACACUUGGCACGCACAGCUGGCCGCUGGAAGGACAGUCCACGGAAGAACUCUGUAAACGAACUUCAGGAUGAGCUAAUGAGUGUGAGACUACGAGAGGCAGAGGUCCAGGCUGAGCUCCGUGAGACCAGGCAGAGACUGCUGGAACUGGAGACACAGAACCAAAUCCAUAGCAACCAGUUGCGACGAGCUGAGCAAGAGAGCCGCAGUUUGCAUGAUCGUUUGCAGAUUUUGAGCACACAGAAUAAACUGUUGCACUCAGAGCUGCAGGAGUCCAAACGCAAGCAGGCAGAGAUUGAGUGUAAGCAGAAUAAAGAAGAGGUGAUGGCAGUGAGAUUAAGAGAGGCCGAUAACAUGGCUGCCAUGGCUGAACUCCAGCAGCAGAUCUCCGAGUUGGAGAUUCAGAAGGAAGAAGGCCGAGUACAGGGGCAGCUGAACAACACGGACUCCAGCCAGUACAUCAGAGACCUCAAAGAUCAGAUAGCAGAGCUCAGACAUGAGAUCCGCUGUUUAAAAGGGCAGAGGGGCUUACCCGGCCUCACCAAUUUUGAUAGAAUCCACAUCGUCAAUCACUACAGAGGGGACGACGAGUCGUACCAGUCCUCGGAUGAAGACGGCGUAAAGCUACCACUUAACGUGCCGACCCGUCAAGCCGGCGGACGCAUCACACUCCACCCCCAGCUGGGAGACACAGACAGUGAGCCAGAUGAGGACGGAGAGAGUCUGAGGCUCACGGUGCCUUCCAACAGCAGCCAUAAGAGCACCACUGUGUGACCACCGACACUAAGACGGCGGACUGCAACGGGAAAGUCACACCUGAGAGUUCAUAGUUGCAUCCAGAUCUGAAACUGCCAUCUGCUUCAUAUGCAACAAGAAAUUCUGAAAUCUGUACAAACUAAGAAUUGGAAUUUUUUUUUUUUAUUCACAUCUGCUUGUUCAUUUUGUUUUUGCCAAAAUGAGCCAGAUGUUUAUAUAAGAACUUGUCUUUGCAUUUUGGCAAGAAAUUCAGUGGCUUGUCGUUUUUUCUUUAAUGCCACAAGAUUGAAUAUUAAAAGUUUAAAGACUACACAGACUCUUCUACACCACACUUUGCUCUACUAGAGAUGAAGUCAUAUAUGUGGGGUAUAGUAUUUUAUGCAUUAUAAGAUAUCUUCAUUCUUUUAAUUUUUAUUUAGUUUUUUUUUUUUUUUUUUAAGAAUUAUCAGAAUCCCACGUUGUGUUUUCGUGGGUGUCCGUCAUGUUAAGGGAAACAUUAAAGGUUUAGCAACACUAUAGUUCACGUGAACAUAACAUAAAACCUGCACAUAAAAACUGAUUAGUGUCAUAUCAACCAACAAGAACAAUGAUUUUUUUUUAAGUUUUUUUUUUUUAUCCAUAGCAUGCAGUAAAUCUAAUGACAUUUGACGUGAUGUAAAAAUCUGAUUAUCAAAGAUCUCACAUCUGUAUAUAUAUGUAUAUGUACAUGUUGUUUUGCAUCUUCAUUUUGACUUGAAAGUAUGUGUGUUUAGUGAGUUUCAUAUCCUGGAUGUACAGUGUACCAUUCAGUUCAAAGGGACAUAAUCACUGUUUUUGGGAGACGUUUGAAUGCAGCACCUGGCUUACUUCUAUGUUCUCACUGUACUGUAUCCAGCUUUUGAUUUCUAACCUGAUUCAUACUCUCAAAAUAUCACAAGAUAUUGUUCUGUUGACUGGAAGGAUAUUGUUGUUGUUUUUUUUUUAUUGUCAUUUUUAAGCAUGUUUGAAAAAAAGCAUGUACUUCAUUUUAGAGCAGGUUCACAAAAGGCAAAUUCAAUCCAAACAGGAGACUGAAGUCAUCAUGGGAGUAAUUCUGUUCUGGUCACCUCAUUCAUGUUAAGCACAUUUGUCGCACGUUUGCACAGAACAUACAGAGAUCUCCAGAAGUACUGGACAUAGACACUGACAGUUGUUUUGGAUCUAUGCUGUAGUCAGUAAUUAACACCAGAUCGAUUCAGUUAAAGAACUGUAUGUUGUGGUUUGUAUGUUACACCCCUUCAUUUCAGGCCAUGGCCCCUUUUAAUAUUAGUAGUGUAUAAAGACAUUCUCAAGUGUGUAUAUAUGGAACUUUUUAGUUCUCGCAAAAUCAGGACAAAAUAGAUCAGUCUCCUGUCUAGUGAAGUGCCACCCAGUUACCAUAUAGCUGUUCUGCUCUACAAAGUUUUCUGUUUAUUUUAGCAAUUGUUCUGCUGCUAUUCUGUUCUUGGUGAAGAAGUAAACCAGCUUUCCAUAUCUCCUGCCAUAACACUAAUGAUCUCGCUCUUUUUUUUUUUUUUUUGAGCACACGUUCAUCCAUGCACACCAUGUUCUAAACCUGACCGCCUUCUUAUAGCACUUUGUUUUAGCAAAUUCCAACCUUUUUUUUUUUUUUUGACUCAAGGAUUUUUGUGCUUUGAUAUCGUCGUUGAAAUUACGGUUCUGCAAGUGUUUCUCCUGCAUGUGUUGAGUUGUCACAUUACUACUUACACUAGUGGUUUCUUUUUUAGUCAUGCAAUAAACAAAUAAUUCUGGCAAGCCUUUUAUUUCUGUAUUAUGACAAGUUUUACUAAUUGCAACAGUCUCUUGACAGUUAAUCUAAAGUGUUAAAACAGUAAAGAUACGCAGAAACACAUUACAGUACACCUGUAUGAAACUGGAAAAUGAGUUCCGAAAUCAUUUGUAGAAGUGGUUUCUGUGACGAAAAUAUUUUCAGUAUGUAAAAAUGCCCAUGGUUUUUAAGCUGAAGGGUAGAAAUACAAAAUAAUUCUAAAGUUAGUAAUAAUAAAUUAAUUAAAGAAACCAAAAAUGGUGGUAGACAGUUUUCUAAGAAUGAGGAAUUCGUGAUCAUGGUAUUAUUACAACUGUGAUGUCUAGGAAUGUCAGUGAGUUGCUCACGGUUUUCACUAAUAACACACAACCUUGGGAAUAGCUCUUUAGGAGAAUCACCAGCUGCUAAUAUCAAGAUUAUGAAAUGAGUCAUGUUUCGACUGGGCGAACCGUGUUAUUCAAAUACUUGAUACAGUACGAGUGCUUAAACCUUCAAGGAACACAUCUGUCUAAAAAUGAAACAAAUGCUCUCAAGUGACCCAAAAAAAAAAAAAAGCUUGAAACUUUGCUUGAAUUUGUGAUUCUGGAACAAAAACAGGACUGAAUAUAAA